AUGGGCAACAAAAGUUCAGUCGAGGAUGAGAAAUACGAGGAUUUCUACGGUGGCAACAAGAACAAGCGUGGUUUCAAGAAUGUAAUCGAGUAUGAAAGACUAAAGCUUAAUAUGACCAAUAAGAUUCCUAAUGCUGUGAAGAACUCUGAGAUGAUUUUCGGUCAAGUCUUUAAAGAUGAAGACCAAGUCAAACUUCCUAAUCAAAAUAUGAGAAAAACUAAAGGCAAGAAAGCAUGCUUUAAGAAGUUUGAUAAGCUUGGACUCAGCCUGAGAUGAAGUACCAAAGCAUGCCUGAACUUUCAAUGAUGCUCAUGUUUCUUGAUUCAUCGGUUGGUGAGUAAGAAGAAGAGAAGAGUGGAGAUACUAACUUCUAAGGUGGACUUCAACUUUGAUAUGUCUUAUAUUACUAGUAGGAUUAUUGCUAUGGCAUAUCCUGAGAAUGCUAAGACAAACUUUUGGAGAAACCAUCGGCCUAAAAUCGUAGAAUUUUUUAAAAAGAAACAUAAUGGAAAGGUGAAAAUCUAUAACCUCUGUAUUGAGAAGGGCUUCAGGAUUGAUGAUGGAUACCAGAAAGACUUUGAAUGCAAUGCAUAUGAGGACUUCAGGUCGAAAGAUGUGACUAGCUGUCUCUGCGAAUUUCCAUGUCUCGACCAUGAGCCUCACAAAUUUAGCUCUAUGUUUGAAUUUGAUAUUGAUGCUUCACUUUAUCUAUCAACAAGUCCUAGUAACAACAAUGCUAUUGCUGUUCAUUGAAAGGCUGGGAAGGGAAGAACUGGGGUAAUGAUAUGUUCAUUGCUAGUCUUCCUAGGAUUUGAUCCUUCUCUCCAUGACCCAGAUUAUCCUUUUGACAAGGGCGAUUCAAAAUAACUAUGAUGAUCAUGAUGAAAUUUCCCUAAAAUAUUCAAUGAGUGACAAGGAUCAUCCUGGAAAGGUCACAAAAGCCGAGCUUGAUCGGCUAAGGAUCAGCCCAGCUGACAUAAACAAUGUAAUCCUGAAAAAAUACAACGACAAUCUAGAGUAUCUUCUUGAUUUUUGUAAUGAGAUUAUGGAUUUUUAUGCAAGGAAAAGAACCAAGAAUGGUAAAGGGAUCACUAUUCAGAGUCAAAUCAGAUUCCUCAGGCUCUACACAUUAUACCUCUUCAACAAGUUUUCUUUACAGCCUUAUUGGGAUAUAAGACAUGAAGCUAAAAUUGAUGCAAACCAUACUUCACAAAAGGAGAUUUCUACUUUGAGAAGAAAGACUAGUUCUGAAAGUAAACAGCUUGAAAAGUUUGGUUCUCAUCUCCAAGUCCCUGGUGUUGAUGAAGAAGAGGAAGAGAAGAAGCUAAUAGAUGACUCUCAUAACGAGAUAAGCUAUAGCUCAAGAUAUGCAGAUAGUCAAGAAAAUAAUAAAGUAAAAAUAGAAGACCCACCUUACAACUUUCAUAAAGCUGUGUUUUCCAAGCUUGAGAUGUACAGUUUGGAAGAUAUUGUUAAAACGUCCAAGAACCUGCCAUUGCUGGCUCCACUAAAGAUCAGGAAUCUGCCACAUGAAGAUUUCUCUGGCAUAAAGAUCAAGCUCUACAAGAUCACCUGUGUAGGGUACAAGAACCCUAAGAGCAUCAAGGUGAAGCUUGUUCAUGAGAAGAGCUAUAACUUGAACGCUACUGCGGUUCCAAAGGACUCCAAGAAGAAGAAACAUGGCUACCACAAUCCAGAAGAAGUCGAUGAUGAGGAACAUGUUGAAGAAGAUGCAAGCUCGUGGACUUUUGGUGCCUCAGGAAAUAGCUCAACCUUUGUUCCCAAAAAUAAUCCAGAUUUGGGCGGAGAUUUUGAAGUCAAUAUCCAAAUUGGUAAACAAAAACUUUCAGCAUGGUUUAAUGUUCCCUUUCUUAUACAAAUUGCUCACUUAAUCGAAAAAUGUGACAAAUCUGAUGCUGAAGAAAACUGUCUUGGAGAUCACUUUGUAAAGCCUAUCAGUACCGCCCUCCAAAAUACCCGUAGCACUAGAAAAUCCUUGAAAGAAAAUAAGAACACAACCCGUAAUAGUAAAUACGAGUCUAAAACAGUGACUUCCGCUAACACUUGCACUAAUUGCUGGAUUAACUACUGUCACUACCAAUUUCUGCACGUAGAAAAAUGCUCUAUCCUGAAUGACCCACUAGACAUUAAUUCUUGGGAGAAGAAGGUACAUAAGCUAGAAGAGGAAGAGGAGAAAUGCUUUGAGCAGAUAGACAACAACAUCGAUACAGUUGUUAGUUCUCUCAACUGUAGUGACAAGAGCGACAAUAACUACCUAUUCAGCAGCUAUUUAGGUUCAAUGAACCAGAAGAAAAACAUCCUUCUAAAUAAGAUAGACACCGUCAUCAGUGCUUAUGACUCAGAAAGGCAUAAGACGAAGUAUGAGGUGUGGCUAAACAACGGGGAUUUUAGUAAACAGAAGCACUCUAACUCACAAAGAGUUAAGCUAUAUUUCAUGAAAGUUUAA